UUUUUUAAAUUUCCCUCCUCCACCAGAUGGAGCAGUCAAACUCAAAUAGACAUUAGGCGCGCUUAUUUUAUAGUAGUGUUAGCCAUAACAGUUAACCGUUAUGAUUUGUCUGCAUAUUGUGUAGACAAAAUUCAUUCAAUAUGAGCGUGUCCGGUAAAAUUCUUCAUAAAAAAAUCGAAUAUUUAAGACCAGAUCUGUCUACUAGCAUAACAUCUGACAUUUUUGAUAAAAUAUGCGAUAUUUCGACGGCGCAACCUUUCCUAGAGUGGUUUUGCGAUAAUGUCAGUCGUGCAAAUGUAUUGUCCAAAGAAGAAUUAUAUCUAAAAAACAAAUUACAACAUACAGAAGAAUGGUUAAGUGGAAAAGAAUUAGAUAGAGCACUCGAAGAAUUUACUCACGAUAAUCCAGAAUUGUUAAAAUUGAUCGAUUUCGAAGACGAGGACAUCGAUGAAACGUUUUCUGAAUUUGAAAUGUUAAAAGAUCUUUACAAAAUGGACGAAGACUAUGUAGAAUUAUUGAAGAAUAAUAUAUUGAAUUUAAAGGAACUAGAAUUUACAUUGGAAGAUGAGAUAGAACAAGAAGAGAAUCAUUUUGAAAAGGAACAAAUUGAACUGCUUAAAGCAUUCAAUGAUUGCAAUGUUAUUUUGGAAAAGUUUGAUGAACAAAACCGUAGCUUCUUCAAAGAAACGGAACAGCUUCUUAAUGUAUAUACAGAUGCGGUUGAAAAUAAAGGAAUACCGAUAUUAUGGAUACAAAUGUCCAUCGAUUUAUUUAUCAAACAAAUCAAGCUUUAUAAUGAUUAUUUAGAUAUUCUCAUUAAGCGGCAAUUCAGUUUGGAUAAUCAAGAAAUUGAACAGCAACAUGAUUCGGAUUAUGAGACACUUAUGAACGAUAGUAAGGAAAAACAAAUCUAUAAGCAGACACAGGAAUUGGCAACGUGCAAGUUAAAACUUACUAAUUCGACGUUAAAAGAAGUCUAUGCUAAAAUGCACGAAGCCUCUUGCAGAGCGAUGAUGGAAUAUGCCCAAUUCAUAUGGAACGAUGGAAAUCUAAAAAUACCUGAGCAAACGCAUUUACUAGACGAGAUUUUGGAGUUGACAAGAAGAAGAAAUUUCUUGGAAGAGAACAUUACUCUUUUGAGAGAGCGACAACUUACCGAAGCUAUUGAACAAUAUGUAGAAACUGCAAUAAUCCAAAUUUUGCAACAAGCUGCGCGUGCAAGAUUGAAGCGAAGAAAAAUUCGGUUUGGAAAACUAAAAUCUGUUUUAUCAUUUACACGUGAACAUGGUCAUGCACAUUCAGAUUUAUUAUGUAUAUUAAUGGACAUGCAAUUUCAUUCGCUUAAAGAAAUAUCUGAGUUUAUCGGAGAUGCUCGUCAUUACCUCGCUACAGAAUAUUCUCUUUCUUCGUCACGCUGCGAAAUUAUGCAACAACAGCAGGAAGAAUAUAAUGCACUUCAAACAUCUGUUAUCAAUCAAAAUAUCUUCAAUGAGUUAUUUAUAUCAAUGAUGUCGAUCAAUGACAUUUCUCCAGAUGCAUUAAAUCAUGCAUUGGUCAAAUAUAAUGAACUAAUAGCAAAUAAUAAAGAGAAGAAGCAGGUUAUACUCGAUACUUAUAUGAAUGACCAAAUUAAUAAAAUAUUAUUAUUGGAAAAGGAAGUAUUGAAUAGUUAUGAUAAAGAAAUAAAUAAUGGAAUUACAAAAAGCUUCAUACCACUUUCGUACAACUUGAAUGUGCAAUAUAAGAAUACAUCCGAUCAAUUAGAAAACAUUAAAACAAAUUUAACGACAGUAAGAAAUAUAUUGAAAGAAAAAAUGAGAAAUAAUAAUGGUUUGGUAAGAGAAAAAGAAAUCUUAUGGCAAAGAUUUCUGGCUGAUCCAGAUACAUUAAAGAAGCAUUACGAAGAAACAAAGCGAAUGGCAGAUCGAUCACAUUUUGGAAGGGACAGCUGAAUAAAAAAUAAUAGGCAUAAGUUGAAAAAAUUGUCUUAACGUUAUAAUUUUUAUUACAAAACAAAAUAUAUAUAUAUAUGU